UAUAAAUAAUGGAAAAUUAUCAAAAAUUAUAUAUCAUCACUCUUGUUUGGAAAUCAUAUACUCAGUUGUAUUUGAAUGCUAAACCAUUCAAUCAAAUUCAAUAUUUUAAAGGUCAGUGUGGUUGAAGUCUGGGUAUGAGCAGAACCAACGUUCUAAUCCGAACUGUAAUCAGUUAUUAAACGACGAUUGAUGCGUUUGGAUUGAUGAGAACGCCAGUUUACUUUUUAUCUUUUAAAAUCAGUCGGCCUACGGAUAAAACAUGUUAUCUACUGCAAUUCAUUUGUUUUAUUGUUUAUAUCUCUUCUGUGAAAUUGUGAUAUGAGAAACAGUGACCACUUGAAGUUCAAAGUAAUUUUGGGUUUUAAACAUGGGGCAACCACUGAGUAUGGCUAAAAAAAAUAGGAGAAAAACCCGCAAUAUUUUCAACUCACAGAUAUUUUUAAAUGGAAAUAAUAAUUUGAGCCAUACAUUUGCCAUCUUUGAUGAUGAACCCCAGAUAGAUUUAAUUAAUAUAAAUACAGCUAAUGAAAAUGAACUCUUGAAAGUACGUGAUAUAGAUUUGGAGUUAUCAAAAAACAUAAUCAAGCACCGAAAAGCCAUUGGAUAUUAUCAGAAAGUAGAAGAUUUAGUUGUUGUUCCUGGUAUGGGGGCCGAAAGACUCAGUAAAAUAAAACACUAUGUUUGUGUGAGCACUAAAACCGGUAUUCGCUACUCUUCACAAAGUUUUGAUAGUUUGAAAAGUGUUGAUUCUCGAACAACAAUCACAAAAACUAGCAAAUUAGUAAAUGUUAAUGUGGCUACAAUAUUUGAACUUCAAUUAGUGCAUGGGAUAACUCAAGAGAUCGCAGCAGCUAUUGUUUACUACAGAUGUAAGAAAGGACCAUUUAAAAAGCUCGAAGAUCUCCGAAAAAUCAAAUGCAUCGACUGCAUACGACUGGACAACAUUAGCAGAUACCUCACCAUCGAAAACGAGGAGGACAUAUCAGAUCCUGAACCGGAAAAACAAAGCUACAUUUCAACCCUCAAUGGUAGCUGCAGGAACAGUGAGAUGCUGGGAUAUUCCUGCAAAAACGGUUCAGCAAAUGGGUUGUUAGCAUCGACAAUGACUGAUAUUUUCGAAUUAUUAUCUACUUAUUCUCCCCGUCCAAUAGUUAAGGAGUUGUUUAGGUACUCAAGGAACGACCGACCUGCCUUCAGAGUGUCCAGUUGGGAUUUGGAUUGUUUUUCCGUUGAAAAAGCUUCCAAUUUAGGAGUGAAGGAGGUAGUCUGUAGGACUAUUCUAGAAAAUGGAUGGUCUAUUUUGGCCAUUCAAAAUGUUCAAGACAAAAAUGCCCUAAAGCUUAUUUGUGACGAACUGAAUAUGCCUCAAUUGCAACGUGUAGAGGAAUGGAAAAGUAACAGGUUUAGUUGGAAAUACAACACAAUGGACAAUGAGAACGGGACACUAGGAUUUAUUUAUGAUGCCCAAGCAGUGGAUGGAAUAACAAUGACAUCUUCAGAAAAAGGACCCCCUCAGUUGGAUACAGUUUGUGAUAGUUUGAUCACCACCUUCAAAGUAGGAAAUACAAAAGUACAAAUCUUGAAUGUGAAAGUUAAAGACUUCGUUGGUGAUGAUCUUCAAGAUUACUUACAGAAGUUGAUGAACACUGAAACACACUGUUUGAUUUGUGGCGAUUUUGGUAGUUUGCCUAGUCACACAGAAUUGUUCACCAAUUUGGAGAACUCAAAACUAGUCCUUCCAUUGAAUCUACCAAACAGUUUCUAUGUAACCACUAAUUCUCCAAAGCACUGUAGUUCAAAUUUUAUAGUCAACAGUAGGCUUCAGAACUACUUGACUGGGUUACAAGGAGUUCAGAGAAAUGGUCUAAUCCACCUUGCAAUUCCCUCAGGUUGGACAUGGGGGGGACCUGUUUCUUUAUUUUGCCCCAUUUGGGUCGAGUUCUUUGUGAAUCCGAAUUGAAUUUGUGAUAUAUUUUUCUAUUUUGUUUGUAUUCAUGUGAAACUGUUAAUUUAUGAAUGCCUUAGAAAUGUUUGUGAUAAGAUUUGUAUUUCAUAUAUGACCAUGUAUUUUAUCUUUUUACAAAAUCAUGUACAAAGAGUUGCUUACUCAAUAAAUUUUAUUUGAAUUAA